AUGGAAGCAGAUGAUUUGGGUGAUUUCCCAAAUAUAAAACAAGAACUUCUCACGUAUUCCGAUAUAGAAAUAGAUGCAUUAGCCAAAGAUAGAAUAAAAAAAGACAAUCAUAACAUGAUCGAAAGGAGAAGAAGGUUUAACAUAAAUGAUAGAAUAAAAGAAUUAGGAACGUUAUUGCCAAAGAACAAUGACCCAGAUAUAAGGCCGAAUAAGGGAACCAUAUUGAAAUCAUCUGUCGAUUAUAUAAAAAUAUUAAAAACGGAAGUUGAAAGAAUGAAAGAUGUAGAAGCUAAAAACCAAAAAUUAGAAAUACAAAAUCGAAAAUUAAUAUUAAAAAUACAGGAAUUAGAACUUCAAGCAAAAGCACACGGUCUUCCACUUUCUAUAUCAGGUUCAUGGGAAGAGGAAAGUAACAGAUUAUUGGAUACGUUAACCAAAACGGAAUCAAUCGAUGAUAAAGACAUCGAAGAUAAGUCUUCCGACGAAUCGUUACCACCCGAAAAUAUAAAACAAAUUGAAGAUUUAAUGGAUGACGAUCAUCCGGUACACGGGGAUCCAAUGUUAUAUUCAACAUUUUCACCGAGGUUACCAAGUAUCGGAGAUUCGGAUCUCGACGAACCGGAUAUAAGAUCAUUUAUAGAUUUGGAUUUAGAAUGCUGA